GGUCAGACUCAGGGGCAUCUUGUGGGUAAGAUGGGACCUAUGAAGAAGGGUUUGGGAGACUCAGACUUUUGCUGGGUCUCCCUGGCUGCUGUGUUAGAAGAGAUACAGAGGCAGAGGAACCACUUCAGAGGCUGCUGCAGCCAUCCAGGGUGCUGUGUGGAGUUGCUGCUGCUGCUGCUGCUGCUGGCCGUGGAGCUGCCCCUGGGCAGCGGCUGCCCGAGGGACUGUGUGUGCUACCCAGCUCCCAUGACAGUCAGCUGCCAGGCGCACAACUUUGCCGCCAUACCUGAGGGCAUCCCCGAGGACAGCGAGCGCAUCUUCCUGCAGAAUAACCACAUCACCCUCCUCCAGCAGGGCCACUUCAGCCCUGCCAUGGUCACCCUGUGGAUCUACUCCAACAACAUCACCUUCAUUGAUCCCAACACCUUUGAGGGCUUUGUGCACCUGGAAGAGCUGGACCUGGGUGACAACCGACAACUACAGACUCUGGCGCCUGAGACCUUCCAGGGCCUAGUAAAGCUUCAUGCCCUCUACCUCUAUAAGUGUGGGCUCAGUGCACUGCCCGCAGGCAUCUUUAAUGGCUUGCAUAGCCUGCAGUAUCUCUACCUGCAGGACAACCACAUUGAAUACCUGCAGGAUGAUAUCUUUGUGGACCUGGUCAAUCUCAGCCACCUGUUUCUUCAUGGCAACAAGCUGUGGAGCCUGAGCCAGGACACCUUUCGGGGCCUCGUGAACCUGGACCGGCUGCUCCUACAUGAAAACCAGCUGCAGUGGGUCCACCACAAAGCUUUCCACGACCUACGCAGGCUGACCACCCUCUUUCUCUUCAACAACAGUCUCUCGGAGCUGCCUGGUGACUGCCUGGCUCCCCUGGCAUCCUUGGAGUUCCUCCGCCUCAAUGGAAAUGCCUGGGACUGUGGCUGCCGGGCACGCUCCCUGUGGGAAUGGCUUCGGAGGUUCCGAGGCUCCAGCUCCGCUGUCCCCUGCGCAUCCCCUGAACUGCGGCAAGGCCAGGACCUGAAGCUGCUGAGGGCCGAGGACUUCCAGAACUGCACAGGCCCAGCAUCCCCACACCAGAUCAAGUCACAUACCCUCACCACUACAGACAGGGCUGCCCGUAAAGAGCACCAUCCAGCCCAUAGCCCAGCUAGGGACAGGGGCCACCCACACAGCCAUCAGCCUGGCUCCAGGUCAGGCUACAAGAAACCAGGCAAGAAUUGCACCAGCCACAGGAACCGCAACCAGAUCUCCAAGGCAGGCACCGGGAAACAGCCCCACGAGCUGCAGGACUAUGCUCCUGAUUACCAGCAUAAGUUCAGCUUUGACAUCAUGCCCACAGCUCGGCCUAAGAGGAAGGGCAAGUGUGCCCGAAGGACCCCCAUCCGCACCCCCAGUGGGGUUCAGCAGGCAUCCUCAGGCUAUUCCCUGGGGGCCUCACUUCUAGCCUGGAUACUGGGGCUGGCGGUCACUCUCCGCUGAGGACCCAGGGCGCCAGCGCCCAGCACUGCCACAUGUCCACCAAGGAACAGAAUUUCUUUUCUUUUUUACAAGUGCAACAUCUGCUGGGUUUCAGGAAAAGGCUUAUAGAGCCUUCAGCUGCUGGCUGGACCCUACCCAGUGGAUUAUAAACCCAAAGUGUACAGCCCUAGAUGGGAGGGGAUUAGCAAGUACAUCUCACUCAGCUGUCCCAGCCAGCCCCCGCCAAGCACUCACAAGACAGCAUCCACUCCAGCAAGGCGGUAAAAGUCAUGCACAGUGAGUCCUUCCUUAGCAGCGAUGGGACAAGUGCCCCUUAAGUGGGCUGGGCUCUGUGGAAUCCUGAUCAUUUGGAGAGGUCUGAAGGGCCCCACCAUUCCUGGAGGAAGCAAGACUCAAAAGAAAUGAGGCUCACCCGAGAUGGCUGGGUUGACCAGCAGUCUAAGAGCACGUGAACAGGUGGCAUCUUGGCCUGUGCCUGAGGCCAUGUAGCGAACCUGUCCUGAAUCCAAGCCUAUAUCACCUUCAGUCCCUCCCUUGAGGAUAAUGCCUCUUGUUCCUGAUAUCUCAGGCAACCCUGGCAGUCCCAGGUCCAGCUGCUGGGGUCUAAGAAUCAAUCACCAAAGGAAAGAUCAUCAGAGGCUGAAAUGUAGAACUUCAUAACAUGCAAAGAAAUUCUCACAGAAGGUGCAGUUUUAUACCUACAUCCACUUAUAUAUAUAUAUAUAUAUAUAUAUAUAUAUACAUACACACACACACACACACACACACACACACUCCACAUAUAAAUAUAUAUAUAUACAAAUGCACAGGUUCCCUGCCCCACUCCAUUACCAAAUUGUCUGUCUUAUCAUGUUUAUAAACUAUACGGAAAACUAUAUCUGCUGAACUAAGGAUUGUACUGGUGAUCUUUAGCAGGAAAAAAAAAUUAUAGAAUUUUUGUCUAGAAUCCCAACCUGGCAACAAUAGUCCCUAUGUAACCUGGGCUUGCCACAACCUGGGGCAAGAUGUCAGUGGGAAGGGUUAGAGAGAAAGAGAGACAGUGAGAUUCACUUCAGGGGACCAAUAUUCUUAGAUAUUUAGAACAUCACCUUGUUUUUAUAUGCAACAGCCUGUCUGGCACCCUGGAGCACCCCAUCAUUCCUAUUAUAAAAGCUGCGGGUGUCAGGUGAGAAGGGGGAGGCAACUUGUUGGAUGUCAGGGAGCUAGGAACUAGGGGCCAUCAAGACAGAGAAGGGAAAGAAGGGGCUUUGGGGUUUUUAAACCAGCAGGCACGGCAGCAUCCACAGUGUUAGUCCAAGUGGCUGGACAGUGUCAUCAGCCUAGCAUUUGACCAGUGUCAAUCUGGACAGGCCAGGGAGACUCUGAGCAGGAGCUCAGGCCUCCAGCAUGGCUCUACUGCUGAAUUGUAACUUGAGGCUCUUUGGUGAGUGAUCCAGCAAGGGCCAUGCGUAGCUUGGUAGGAGGGAAGCAUCAGGUAACCUUAGCAGAAGGGGAAUAAUAAAGACAUUUCAAGAACCAUCUCAGGCACUCUACAUUACAGAGGCCCUGUCCCCCUGACCCUUCUGAGAUGCCCAUGGAUGAGCAGAGAUCAAAGGGACAGACUCAAGGGUCAGGAGUGGGGACAGGAGGCAAGCAGGUAACAGAGUGGGCAAGCUCAGAUGGGAGAAGGGCUACCGACCAGGGGCCCAGGCAAGCAGUCUCUUUCGCACUUUGCACAGACCUGAAUUCCCCACCAGAGAGGGCGAGUGUGAGGAAUAAGAAACACUGAAUCCAAUUAAGAGAGAAAAAUAAUAAAAAAAAAUUCUCUUGGACAA